AAGUGAUUUAAUUGCAUGUGGAUGACUGAAAGUUCUUUAAAUUUGCUGAAGUCUCUGUGAGUUCUUGAAAGAGUUUGUCAACAAAGUUAAUGGGCAGCUGAUCCGUGGCAGAAAUUGAGGUGGAACGUGCAAUUUGAGAAGGAUGCACCCUGGAAAAUACCGGCAGUUGUACAUGUUCUGGUGGUAUGGUUUACAAAUACAUUGUGUGUGAAAUUCCGUGAAACAAACAGAUCAUUCUGUACUGUAGAAGAUGAUGGGACAGCUGCAUCAAUUUCUGUGGAUGUACCGGUACUGGGUUGGGGAGAAAGAGUUACGCUCGCAGCGGAAGGUUUUGUGACUGGUGCAUUUGAAAUGAUGUGGCUCAUCUUUUCCUGCAUACCAUGAGAAAAAAACAGCGUAAUUAUUUAUACUUGCAACAUUUUUGUGACCAGUGAGUUGCAUAAUAAUCGCGGGAGCUACACCAACAUGAUGGAGACGGUUACAUGUUGUUUUGCGGGCCAGACUGCAACAAAUGACCUAAAACACUGUAAAAAAUGCCAGCCAAACUGAGUUUGGAUAAGCAGGCCUGGCUCUGGGCAGAGACCACUCAACCUGAAAACAUAUCUGAGGAGAAUGUCCUGAUAGCAUACAGACUUCACCUGAAGAAGUGUGCCCCGGGGGCUUGUAGGCGUAACUGUAAAGGGAGCCCAUAUUGUCUGAAUGGACUGGGUGAAAAGCUGUGGUUAGGAGAGAUAGAUGAAAAACAGUGGCAUGACAUAGAGGAUCCAAACAGUGAAAGAAGGGAAAUGGGUUCAUUUGUCGGGUUGAAGAACUUGGGGGCUACUUGCUAUGUUAACACAUAUUUACAGUUGUGGUUUCAAAAUCCUGAGGUGAGACGAGCAAUGUACAUGUGGAGAGAACCCUUGGAGUACCAGACAGAAAACGAUACAAAUCAAGAAUGGUCACCUACCUCCAUUUGUGGUCAGCUCCAGCUAAUGUUUGCACUCCUUGAGUUCAGCAACAGAAGGUAUAUAGAUCCCACCUCCUUCAUCCAGUGUCUGGGUUUGAAUGCAGCAGAACAACAGGAUGCCCAGGAGUUCUCUAAACUGUUUUUGUCUGUGUUAGAAGACUCGCUGUCCCAGCACGAUAAUCCUGAAGUGAAGCACCUGAUUCAGGAACAAUUCUGUGGAGAGUACGCCUACCUGACCAGGUGUAAUGCCUGUGGGAGUGUGUCGAAAACUCCUGCCAAGUUCUACGAACUAGACCUAAACAUAAAGGGGAACAACUCUGUGGAAAGUUGUAUUGAAGAAUUUUUGAAGGUGGAACAUCUGGAUGGGGAUAACAAGUACAUGUGUGGGAAAUGUAACCAGAAACAGAAUGCUACUCGAGCCAUCCGCCUGGAAAAGUUGCCUCGUGUUUUAAACCUUCAGCUUCUACGUUUCGUAUUCGACAGAAACACUGGCCACAAAAAGAAGUUGAACAGUUUUGUACAGUUUGCAGAGCUGCUGGAUAUCAGUAAAUAUGUAGAUAAGCCAGAGGGAACAGUCAAGUAUGACUUAACUGCUGUGCUAAUCCAUCGUGGGCCCAGUGCCUACAGUGGUCAUUAUGUAGCUCAUAUCAAAGACCCCAAAACCAAAGCCUGGUACAAAUUUAAUGAUGAAGAAAUUGAAAAAAUGGAAGGGAGAAAACUCAAACUGGGUACAGAAGAUGAACUGCCAGGAGCUGACGGAGAUAAACAGAACAAGAAACCACGAACUGCGAAAGGAAAUCAUAAUUCUAAAAACGCGUACAUGUUAGUGUAUACAAGGCAAGAUCCAGAGCAAACGGAUUCAACAGAUGUUAUGGGAGAGAAGUCUUCAUUACCAAUGGAGCGGCUUUUAGAAGAAAAGGUCCAGUCUUUUGUGAUCAGAGAUAAUGAGAAGUUUGAGGAUUAUGUGAAGGAGCUCAUUAAUAUGAGGGAACAAAACAUUCAAAAUGGCCGAGUGAAGCAGGAGGUGAUACGAGAAAUCUAUGCACAACUUCCUAUUACACAAAGUAAAGAAGGAGAGUUUGAGUGGCUGAGCCUGGACUGGUUGUCUAAAUGGCUGUCUGACCCCUCCACAGCUCCACCCAUUGACCACUCUAAAUACCUAUGUAAACAUGGCGGUUUGGAUCCUCUGAAGGUAUCAAACCUGAAGUGUGUCAGCGCAGAAGGGGUCCUCGCUUGUGCUGGAACCUGUGUGCGUCAGAAGUGUGCCAGCAUCCAGCGUAAGCUGCGUAUGGAGGAAGACAGCAAGCUUAUCAGUACCAUGCUCAAGACCACUCUAAACAGUGGGAAGAGUUUCUGGGUGGGGAAAUCAUCGUUACGGAGCUGGCGUCGGCUGGCCACAGAACAGCACAGUUCUGGUUUGGAGGAGAAUGGGGCAGGAGGUUCUCCCCAAGGCCCUCUGCCCGAGACGGAGACUAAGCCAUGGGAUGAGAGGCAGGGUGAACCAGGGGAGGGGGUUGCCAUGGAAGUAGAGCCGGGGUCAGUGACAAACAGCCUGACAACACCACAGACGAGAGAGGGGAUGCCAAAAGCAAGGAAGGUUCGUCAGAUGAAGAAAGCUUCAAAUUUAACGAGGAUAUACUGUGAGUUACAUGGAGAUUUAUCACCUGACGCCACAUGUCGACGACUUGUCCCUGAGGAGGUUUGGUGCCGACUGCGUGCCCAUUUCCCCACCUGCCCUGAAUACCCCAGUACUGCACCCAUCUGCUUACAAUGUCAGUCUCUUGACCAAGAAGAACAACAAACCAAAUAUGUAAAUAAGAUGUUAGCCGUGUCUCAAAAGUCUGCGCUACUGAAUGUGUUCCUGGAUCGUAAUCGUCCUAGUUACUGUCAGGCCUCGUUAAGUAACCUGUUCCUCGUUAGUACAGCCUUUGUGGAAGAGUGGAGGAGCUUCAUCAGGGAACCGUUGAAGAGAUUACCGGUGACACAUCUGUCUAACUGCUGUCUGCUCUGCUCCCAUGGUGGUUUGAUGUAUCAGCCAUAUAACCCUUCAUUACCGCUUGAUGACCGGUUAUACCCAGUCUGGCCGUCAGAGUGGGAGGCGAUCCAGCAACAUGUCCAGGUAGAUGUGGAGAUAAAGGUGUCACGACAUGUUAACGAGGAUGGCAUACCUGUGAUCACGGUAUCACGAGCUGUGUGCGAUGAGUGUCGCUUGUUGCGAGAGGUGAGGGAGGAGGAGGAGAGGUACGACUAUAAAGAUGCCAUACUUUACAUCAGGAAGGUUGUGUCUGAGAAAGGACCCCUGGGGUCCAGUCAGAGAAGAGAGCCCCAGGAUAAAGAGGACCCCGAAUAUUUUCAGGUCUCCUGUAGAUUUCAAGAAAAAAAACCACCACUUGAAAAUGGAGAUGCUCCUGCCAGAGUUCCUCAGGUGACGGAGCCAUCCUCGAGGAAAAGUAACCGUCACCGCAGAAUGAGGGGCGAGAAGGAGGUGACGAUAUCCUCCUCACAGACGCUGAAGGAACUGAAAGUCAAGAUAAUGAAGCAGUUCUCAGUAGCACCCUUUGACCAGACUCUGACAGUGGAUGGUGUAGUGUUGAAUGAGGACACAGCUACACUCAAAAGUUUGAAGGUUUCACCAGGUGCUGUUGUCAUGUUACAGGCUGAGGAACCCCUGGAAGAUGCCAUGAUUAUAGAAGAUUUAUACAAAGUGUCAAGUUGUCCUGAGGAAGGCUUUAAGGGCACAAGUUUGGUCAACCGAUAGACAGGGGAGGAAAGUGUGCAAAAUGUACAUUUGUGUACAGAUCAUCCACAACAGGCAGCAGUAGUUCAUAGUAUUAAUGAAAAGCAAUCACGCCAGUUUAAUCACUAUUUCCACCUACUCUAAUUCUUUGACCUUUUCAACCAACACUGUGACUAAUAUUUUGAAACAUUCUGAGAAAACUAUGGGAUGUAGAGAUAAAAUCUACACAUUUCAUGAAGCUUGCAUCUCUAGGGACACAAACAGAUAAUUUUUGGCAUCAUUUUUAUAAUAAUUGUAUGCAUAAAUUUCACUGAAAAAUGUUCUUUUGAGGUCGAAAAGGUUGAAGAUUUACAGUAGAGACAUUUAGGUCCAUUCCUGUGGUACCCUUUUAUUUAUCAUUUUGACCCUUUUAAUAGAGAGUACAAAGCUUUUGUGACAUAAGCGUUUUCUCAAAACAAUAUAUUGGCUCAUUUGUCACGUUUGUAUGGAAAUGACGGGUAGGAAAGUGUGCAGAGUUCCUGCUCAUUUGCAGGCACAUGACAUUGUGUGGAUAGUAUGGUAUGGGGAAAGUCAAAUAGUCGGCUCAUUUGGAAAGUCAAAUAGUUGGCUCAGUUUUAAGAAAAACCUAGAUUGAAGUUUUCAUAAUGCUUCAACUUAUUAUUUGAGAACAUUUAAUGAAUAAAACAAAAGCGUCGUCAAAAAUGAAAAACAGUAUCUCAACAGAAAAUAAGGAAUACCCCAGAAUGGACUUGAAUACAUAGAGCUGGGAUAAGUUUUCCGUCAACCAAGCAAGCAUACAGACCAGCCACUGGUUGGCUGAGUAUAGCCACUAUCACCACCAUGGAAUUUUCAAGUUACUGGUACGCAAAACUCACAGUAUUGUGCUAUGACUGUAAAUAUAAAGUAUAAUUUAGUUACCAAAGUGAGGUGAUUCAAUACAGCAAUACAGCAAUGUACAGUUUCAGUGUAUAAUUCAUUCAGCAUAAAAUGUGUAUUAAAGAGAGACAUAUUUGUAGCUAAAACAGGUCGUCAUCUGUAUCAGUUAACACGUGAUAUUUAUAGUUGGCUCUUUGAAGUGUAUAUAAACAAACAUCUCUCGCAAACACUGUCUCUUUAUCACUUGUCUGCUGUAAUUUUUGCCUGCACCAGUGAAUAUAUUGGCUUGUGUAUUAAAUACAGCUGUGUUAGUCUGCAAUCUGUUUGAUAUAUGCCUUUAAAUUCAAAAUACUCCAAAAUAGUGCUAAAUGUUACAUUUGCAUCUUAACAUCAGGGCCCGAUUGUUCAAAAGUGUAUUAGCUGAUACUGGUAUUAAGUCAUUUUAUAUAUUUAUGAUUUUAACAAAAAUCAGCAACCAGUGCUGUUUUUACAGUGACCAUACCGCAGCAGAUUUAGUUCAUAUUUAAUAUAGUGCUACGCAAUUAUUUUUGGACCUAGGACAAAACUGAAGACUUGGCUUAAAGUGAAAUCUUUGUAUCACAUGUAAGUCUUAAGAGAGCUUUGAACCAGUAGGCCCUGAAUAUUGUAGUUUGUUUUCCUAUAUGACACAGCUUUUGUUUUUUAGUUUUUUGUCUUUUUUUGUUUUCUGUGCUGCUGCUCUUAUUAUGUAUGGUCCAGAACAUAUUGUCUUACGACUCACCUGGUCUCGUUAAUCUACUGUACCUGAACGCUUCAACCUUCAUAUAUGUACAUGGAGAAAAACAUCUGCCACGUUAUUACGAAGUAAUCUUAGACUUAAGUCAAAAUUUUAUAUCACUUUAAAAUUGUUAUUUUUUUAAGAUAUUGCAUAACAGCAUAAAUUCUGGGUAAGUUGUUGUACAACAAAUUUCAGCUAAAAACAACGGAAAGAAAGAUACCAGAUUUAAUGAUUGAAAUUUUGGCAUAAAUUUAAGAUCGCUUCAUGAUCCCAGGGCCAGCAGUUUACAUUUGUAUUUCUGUUUUUCUUCAUAGCGUCACAAGGAGAUCUAUUGAGAUGUCCAGGAAAACUGACUCAACUGUUCGGAUGCAGCUUUAAAAUCAGUUGGUUUGCCAGGUUACUUGAGAUGUGCGUUGGUUUCCCCAGACUACUGUUACAGUGUCCCCAAACUACUGUUACAGCGUCCCCAAAGUACUGUUACAGUGUCCCCAAACAGCUGUUACAGUGUCCUCAAACUGCUGUUACAGUGUCCCCAAACUACUGUUACAGUGUCUCCAAACUGCUGUUACAGUUUCCUCCACCCAUAAACCUGAACAAUAAAGCUGUCAUACCUGGAGAAGUGAAACUCUCUACUGUACCUGUAGGGACAGCAAGGGCAAUCUAUUCCAGUAAGUGAUGUAUAAUCCCAUACAUUAUGAAAGGUUUACUCUAGUAUAAAGUAUCAAAGGCAGAAAUGUACAUCUUUCAUAACAGAGGAAACCGUUCUACCCUAAUUGUUCUAAAAUUUGGGACAGAUAUUAGUAGUGUUCUAAGUAGAAUAUUACAUUUCUUUGCCAGCCUUUUGGAAAAGUAAUGUUGUUCAAUAGUAUGUUGUUCAUUAGAUGGUCUAACCAUGUGAGAGAAAAAAAACUCAAUAUUCAUGCUAGAAUUACAUAUAUAUUGGCUGAAAUGAGCUUACCAGGUGUCCCAAACUUCAGAAGAAAUAGGGUAUUGUUGUUUAUUGAUACAAGCAGUUAGGAAGGGAGGGGGGGCUCCUGUUUUCUUACACCAAUGAGACAAGAAUAGCAGAAAUAUGAAUGACAAAACUGGUGCACAUACACAUGUGCAAUGUAAGCUUUGUGUUAUAAUUUGUAAAUUGGAAAUUUUAAAUUAUCAUACAUAUAUAAAUUGUCCUACUGUAAUUUCUGCAUCACAGACCAAACAUCGGUGAAAUCAUUCAAAAAGUAUAGUAUUUAAAACAGCGCUGCGCAGUAUUACAGUGGAAGUUGUGUUAAUACUGUGUGUGAUUUACAAGGUUCAUUUGUGAGAUUUCCUGUUCUGGAAACUUUCCUUUUUAAGAUGAUAUUUUGUAGGGGAUUUCAGAACAUAAUUUCAGAAGUGACACGGUGACAUUGCACAAAUGUAUUGUCCUACCCUGCUAUGUAUACUCUGAGCAAAGAGAAUAAAAUGUACAUACACAUAUACUGUCAACUAUACUUUUGCAAAUUUUUCAUUGUUCUCUGAUGCGGUUUAGAAGUUGGAAUGUUUACGACAGAACAGUGAUUUCCCUGUUGUGAUGGCUUGUGUCCCCUUCAGAUGACCUGACUCUUAUAUGAUUGUAUAUAGCAACCUGUGUUAAACCUAGAAAAGAGAACAUGCGAGAGUGGCAUUGUACAAAAGAAGUUCAAACCACAUAUAGUUUUCGUUGAUAUCGUUGAUAACCUUGUUGAUCAGAUGUAGGCUAUUAGGCUAUUUUUUUCUUUGGUGUUGAGGUACAAGCAUGGUUGGGAAAACCUGUACUUCUAUUAGUGACAUAUACUUGUGCAAGACCCUUUAAUCUUAUACUUCUAUUUGUGAGGUAUACACUGUACUUGUGUAAGACCUUUCAAUUUCCUUGUCUCGUCUGGGUUAAACCACUGGAGUGUAGAGCCUGUGGGUUGGCAGUCAUCUAUGGGUUGGCAGUCAACCACAUGAGUAUUAAAAGGUUAAUUCCCUCCAGCAUAGAGGUAGACAACACUUAUGUAUCACCCUAUUACUGAUGGGUUGAAGUAUUGUGGCUCUUUUCCACAUACAGAAUAAGAUAAAGAACAAUCUUUUUGAAUGAAUCCAAGACGAAAAAAAAAAUUAACAUACAUGUAGCUGUAUCUGAUGGAGAAAACCAACUUUGUGCUUGAGUUUUUACAUCCACUUCAUUGCUGUGAAAUGUUUUUGUUGAUCAAUAAAUAGA